AUGUUGUGUGCGUCAAGGGACCUCGCGCCGACCUUGCAGGAGAUGAGCGCUCGGACCACGGUCGGCCACAGCUGCUUUGAGACCAGGGAGGCCCGGCGACGAGCCGCCCAGCGGCUCCAAGAGACCUUGCAGGCCAUCAACCCCGAUGAACUUGCUCCAGUGGACGGCUCUUUGCAAGCAGUCCUCGAUGAGAUCCGCAGUGAGCUCGCUCUGCGCGAAGAAAAGCAUCCGCGUCGGAAAGAGCGUUUGUCCGGCUUGGUACCUGGGUCCUGCUUCGAUGGGAGGAUUGGGGGAGAUGAGUGGAGAACCCGCCUCGAGUUGCAGAUGAAGCAGCUGUGUGCAGUGCUCACCGGGAUGCAGGUCUCCCACAACUACGAGCAGGGGCAGCAGCUGCUUCAGAGCCGCGAAUUCAGUUCCAGGAAAGCUUUCUUCCAAACUGUGCUGGAGAUUGGUCGCAGGUACAAGAUUUUGAACCCCGAGCGCAUGCGCGACUCCUAUGGGAAGCUCAUGUACUUUCUGCAGGAUUCUCGGAAACCAGAGGUCCGCGAUCUCCUCGAAUUCGAUAUUGUCUCCCCCGUGCGGUCGGUCUGGGAUGUGCUCAAACGAUCGCCCAAGGGCUGUGAGCUUUUGGAGGACCCGCAGCUGAAGAUCGCCACCAUGGAGAUCAUGAGUGAGGGAAAGGGCCGAGCUCAAGUGCAGCGGGAAAUCAAGAACAAGGAGGCAGCCAUCAAACACCUGUCCUCCAAGUACUGCUCCGUGCAACGGCGCCGCAAGCGCCACUAUGGUGGCAUCUACUCCACUUGGAAUCUCUUGCGCUCCUACCGGGACUCGGACUCCGAGGACGUGGCCGACGGCGACGAGCUCUCUGAG